AUGUCGGAUGAGUCGGACUCCUUCUCAGCCUGGGAGACCCUGCCGGAGGACGAACCUCCGCUGUGCAUCGCAGUUCGACGCCCAGUGUCACCUCCAGGCCACUAUGAGGCGGUAAACCGUUGUGGAGACCAGUAUGUUGGUCUUCCUCAAACCGUAUCUUCUGAAGGAUUGAUGCGACGGCCGAACGCCUACGACAAACCAGAUAGCCAUGGCGAGGGCACACCGCCGAGGAUGGAAGAGGAUUGGUCUAUUCAGCCACACUCUGGGUAUUUUUCGGACCAUGGGUACUUUCCGAAUUCAGUCCAAACAGUAAGACAAAGGCGUCCGAGAAGCGCUACCGCUAUGAGGCCAAUGACAGCCUCAGAAAUGUGUGCAUCGCGAGCUCACUAUAGAACCGUCCCUGAGCCGUUAUGGGACGAUGUAGACAUUUCUCAAGAAGGGAGAAGCAAUCCGGAAAGAGCUUCCCCAUACAGACUACCUGAUCCGCGCUCAUCAAAUGGCAGAUUAGUGACGCAGACAACGCAGGAACACGAUUCCCUGCCAGGAUACGGUUCAGAUGGAAGUGAAACGAUGAGUACACAUUCGGCGCAUUCGAUUCCAACAGUCAGAAUAGUAAAUCGACGAUCUGCUUCAAUAAAUGAAGUGAACGAUGUGCAGGAAGCAUCGCUUGAGGACUACGCACCAGAGGAUAUGCAUUGCACGUCAACUGUUUCUGCGAAGCUAUCAAUGACGGGACAAGUAGUGAAAGAGCGCAAAAAGAGUAUCAUGACACGAUUCAUACCAGGGAAGUCCGGUGGCGCCGAAAGUAAACGCACUGGUUUCCUGCGUUCUGAAGAAGUUGGAAUCCCUGGAAACAUGUCGGCUAAUCGCAUCCAGCCACAACAGUUUGUGAAGCAAGCGAGCAAGGAAUCUACUGAUUCUGUUUCUGAUAACUGGCUGCCAGUUUUGCCAGAUGGACCGCUUGGUACCUUUGUUGAAAACCUUGGUCCUGGUCAAGUAGUUGGACGACAAGUGCUUGCAAGUCCGCUGUUGGGAGAAAUUCAAGUCGGAAUCAUGGCUGGACGAUCAGGGAUUGACGUUGAGAUCAUCCGAGCGAAGAAUCUUGUGGUCAAACCAGGCGUUAAAAUGAGUCCAGCUCCAUAUGUCAAAGUGUAUCUAAUGGAAGGAAAGAUGUGCGUAGCGAAAGCGAAAACCAACCCGGUAAGAAAAACCACUGCACCACUUUUCCAACAGCACCUUAUUUUUGGCGACAGUCCUAAACGAAAGAUGCUGCAGAUCACAGUCCUGGGUGAUUACGGAAGAAUGGAAAGGAAAGCAUUUAUGGGUAUUGCUUUAAUUCGCUUGGAUGACUUACGCUUAGGGUCUGAACCAGUGAUUGGGUGGUACAAACUUUAUCACAGCUCAUCAUUGGCAGGAACGGGGCCAGUUCGGAAAGACUCAGAAACUUCUUUAGCUGGACCAAACACAUUGCAGUACUGA